AUGGCACCUGCAUAUCUACCCAGAAAUCUUUCUAUACUGUCUUUGGCAGAAAAUGAAAUCCGAGACUUAAAUGAGAUCUCGUUUUUGGCCUCUUUAAGUGAACUGGAGCAGUUAUCCAUCAUGAACAAUCCUUGUGUGAUGGCAACCCCGUCCAUUCCAGGGUUUGACUAUCGGCCGUACAUUGUCAGCUGGUGUCUAAAUCUCAGAGUGCUGGAUGGAUAUGUGAUUUCUCAGAAGGAAAGUCUGAAGGCUGAAUGGCUCUAUAGUCAAGGCAAGGGGAGAUCGUAUCGGCCUGGUCAGCACAUCCAGCUUGUCCAGUAUCUGGCUACAGUCUGUCCUCUUAUUUCUGCACUGGGUCUUCAAACCGCAGAGGAUGCCAAACUGGAGAAGAUUCUGAGCAAACAGAGGUUUCACCAGAGGCAGCUGAUGAACCAGAGCCAAAGUGAAGAGUCGUCUCCUCUUGCUGCUGUUGAAACAAGGGCGCCCCGUACGCCCGAGUGUUCAAGCCCUGUGCCAGAUUUCCAGGAAAGCGAACCUGUCCUCCAAAUCAAUUCCUGGGUUGGGAUCAGCAGUAACGAUGAUCAGUUGUAUGCUGUUAAGAAUAACUUCGCAGCUGCUGCACACGCUACAAGAUAUUCUCGGAAUGACCUUCACCUGGAAGAUAUACAGACCGAUGAGGACAAGCUAAACUGUAGUCUGCUCUCUUCAGAGUCCACUUUUAUGCCAGUCGCAUCAGGACUAUCUCCGGUGUCUCCCACUGUUGAGCUGAGGCUACAGGGCAUUAACUUGGGCCUAGAGGAUGAUGAUGAUGAUGAAGAAGGUGCAGAUAAAUUCCCGAAAGGGCUGGAAAACCAGGAUAAGGACAAGGAAAGGUCUUCAUGGGAUGCAAAUGAGAGUUCUGUUCAAAUGCUGAGACGUAAGAUCAGUACAGAAGUAAAUGAGGAAGCUGGGCUGCUACCUUGUCCCAAGUCAGUGAUCAUCAAUGCUAUCUUGAAGGAAGAUAACCACAGUCUUACAUCUCUUCCUGAGUCUGUUGGACACAGUGUGUCUCACAGAGAACCAAACAGUGCAGAAGUCAUGUCUCCUACCACUUCAGAGAAAUUUCCCUCCAGGAUUUUGACCCAGAGACCUGUUGCUUUGGGACAAGAUAAUGUUACCAUUCAGAAACUGAACGCAGCUGCCACUAAGCUUCAGGCCUGUUGGCGAGGCUUUUAUACCAGAAACUACAAUCCACAAGCCAAAGGGGUACGCUACGAAAUCCGGCUGCGCAGGAUGCAGGAGCAUAUUGUCUGCCUAACAGAUGAAGUGCAGAGGUUAAGAAAAGAAAGAGAUGAAGAACGUGUGAAGAAUUUUGUGCAAGAAGAAGCUGUCAGGUUCCUUUGGAAUGAGGUGAGAUCUCUACAAGCUUGGCAACAGACAGUAGAGCAGCGUCUAGUUUCCUGGCAUACUGAUGUGCCUCCUAUAUCAAGUACUCUGGUGUCACCUAAGCCUCCGUUAUUUCCACACCAUCAGGACCCCUCUUCCGAUCAGAAUUCUGAUUGGUUCCUUGCUGAGGAUGAAGCUCCUCAAGGGAAAUCAGUGCCAGACUUUCCCGACUCUGGUUUUCACUCCUCCCUGACAGAACAAGUUCACUGUUUGCAGGAUUCUUUGGAUUUUGAAAAAAGUUUGGUAGAAAGCAGCGAAAACUCCGUGUUGGGGAAUUCCGCUGACACAGUGAAAUGCGUCAAAGACCCAGAGUCAGAGGCCACUGCUGAGGAGCACAGUGACUGCAGUAAGGAAAGCUUAGCCAGUGAGCAGGACAACACCCUGCUCCAACAGUAUUUAACUUCCGUCCAGCAGCGGGACGACGACGACAACGACGACGACGACGCUGAGGCGGCAGAUUCUGACGACGUGGCAGGAGGAGACAAUAAGCGUCACCUAGCUUGUUCUCCGGAAAGGUUAGAUGCCUCCUCUGACAGCGAGACUCAGAGAGCAUCUCCUCCUACUUUACAGGAGAUUAGCCAGACGCCAGAGAAUUGUAAGUUAAACGAAGAAGCCCAAGGGCAGCCUCCGGAAUGUGAUGCUGGGUUUCAGGUGUUGCAUGUGGGUGUCACUGUGUAGCCUGUCUGACUAACUGGGAAGCAGAAAUUCACUUCGAUUUUCUUAAUGUUCUUAGUUUCUUUUGCAGGGGAGCAAACCUUUCCCCCAUUUUGUUAUUGUUUGUAUUCAACCUGUAUUCUUGUCCCACACGUUUGAGAUAUUAGCUACUGAACUACACCUUCGUUUUCAUUGUACUACUGUACUAAACAAUGUUGAUAUUAAAAGGAGUAUGCACUUUAUUUCUCAAUAAUUACACCAAUAAUGUUUCCUUUACAUCCGUACUGCUUUUCAGAAACAGUUUCUUGAAGUAGCUUGUUUAUUUAAAUAGGAGAACUUGGUUCUUAACUACAUGGUAAGGGAUAUAAUACGUGGGACAUGACUAGGAUGAAGGUUAUGGACAACUGAAAUUUCCCAGGCAGUCUCCUUGGACUAAAACUGGGUUUUCACACUCUGAGUUAAGGAAAGCCUUCUGAUAUAAGAACAUUUAGGGAGAAUAA